UGGUCGAAGGCUAUCGGGACAAUUAUCAUCUUAUUGAAAAUUUAAUUCACAUUUAAAAAAGAAUCUUCAGUAACACUUGAAAUAUUUGUAUUUUAUGAAAUCUUAUUUCACUGCUGUCAGAAGGAUAUUACAAAGGAAAAACAAAUGGAAAACAAUGAAUGCAAUACAACGUGUCAGUAUCUCAGAGAGUAGAGGAGACGAAAAUAAUUACAAAUUACAAGAAAAAAAUGCAAUUUAAUUUUGGACACAGUUUAACCGGAAUUAUUCUUCUGGUUAAUGAACUCUGUUCCUAACGAUUAAAUAGUUACUAAACUAUGUUACGUCGAAGUAGGGUGAAAUCAAAGCCAUUUAUUUUCGCUCUGAUAUUAGGUUCCGUGAUUUUAUACAAUGAAUUUAUUGUAUAUGAAAUACAAAGUUUAAAGUGGACUUUAUUGGAAUGCAGGGAAUGUGUUCGGGUUUUACUUGUUGCGGAUCCUCAAAUAUUAGGAAUAAAAAAUGAAAAUUAUUUUGGUUCUUCUGUGGCGAUUUGGGAUAGUGAUAGGUAUUUAGAUAAAACAUUUUCACGAGCUGUGAGAAGAGCGAAUCCUCAUGCAAUUGUUUUUCUUGGUGAUCUUAUGGACGAAGGACACAUUGCAUCUGCUGAAGAAUUUGAAAAAUAUAAACGCAGAUUAAAUUCUAUUUUUUCUACUUCUGAAGAUAUAAUGAAAAUAUACUUGCCUGGUGAUAAUGAUAUUGGAGGAGAAGAAGAUUCGGUGAUGAAAAAUAUUCAUCAAAGAUUUAAUUUUGCAUACACCCAGCCUGAUACUUUAGUUUAUAAAAGCGUUACUUUUUUCAAGGUCAAUAGAUUAAUUCAUGAAAUGCCUCUUGCUCCUAAGGAUGCAUUUUUAAACGAUUACGCCGAAAGAAAUACAACGAAUGUCGUACUUAGCCAUAUGCCAUUACUUUUCAUGCCCGGUACUUUUGUUCAGAACGUUAUUAAGGAGUUAUCGCCACAAAUAAUAUUCAGUGCUCACGAACAUAAAGGAAUGCAUACAAGUUUAGAUACUGCAACAGAUCAACUCAGUGAAAUUCAACUUUUCCCACCGCAAGAAGUUUCAUUUUAUCAAUUAAGAUUGGAUUUGGGCGAUGUUCACGAAAUACAAAUACCAACGUGCUCUUAUCGAAUGGGAACGAAAAAUAUGGGCUAUGGAUUAGCGUACAUUAAUCCUCAAGAGAAGACUUUGGACUUUACAAUUUUAUGGUUACCAGAGAGAUUUGUACUUUUAAAUAUUUACAUCAUUGUUGGUUCAAUAGUUGCAUUUAUUUCACUAAUAAUGAUUAUCAGUAUUCGUAGAUCUUCUAAUUAUAUUUCUUAUUCUCGAGCUCCUAUGUUGUGAACCAAAUAAUUAACAUUUUUCUAAAUCAUUUUUUUAUAUAAUAAUUUAGAAAAUCAAAAGUAAAAAUUUACUUUAUCAAAACUAUUAUGAGACUAGUGGCCAACUAGUGGCCAAAGUAAAAAUUUACUUUAUCAAAACAUUUAAUUAUUAUGAGACUAGUGGCCAAAUCUUGUCGUCUUGAUAAAAACAAUGUGAUAGUUUUUUAAAAUUUUUUAUACUUUAAAAAUAACUUGAAACAUUUUUACUUAAUUAAGAAGAAAAAAACAAAAAAACAAU